AUGGCUCCCACGGCGCUCAGCGAUCUGCCACCCGAGCUUCUACUCCAUGUCACCGAUCACUUGAGGGAAGCCGCCUCGAUAGCUUGUCUUGGACGUACAAGCAAGAAGCUGCGAGAUUUCGUGAACGAAGAGGCCUGGAAGAGCUUCGCUAGACGCCGGUUCCCUACGAUCUGCCCUCCGGAGUCACCUUCAUUCAAGGAGACAACACGCACCCUAACAAGUUUAUCCCGAGCAUUGGACAAGCGAGCAUUCGUGGCAAAAUGCAUCGAACCGGCCGGCGAAAUCACCGCGUUCCCGGGCAGAAGAAACAUUGAAAGAUGGAAGCGGCCUCAUGGUCAAACGAUUGGAUUUACUCCCCAUAUCGACGUGUACGAUGAAGUCGGGCAGACGUGGCGUGACAGAGAAGAGGUGCUCGCCUUCAGCGCGGGCGCACAGAUCUGCCUGAGACAAACGACGAGGACAGCGGCUGGUGGAAUUUCCUCGAGAUGGACCACAUAUAGACCACUUUCUGCAUAUGAGGGCAGAGACGAUGUCACUUGCCUGCAUCUUGUGCGUCCGAAAAACUUGGCAGCGAGUACUCUCGAUGUGAUCACCGGCACCGCAAAUGGAGAUUUGCAGAUGACUUGUUUGCCACGGGCCACUUCUUCAGUUGACGAUGCGAAGAUUACAUACUUCACCACCCAAGGUAUGCCUGUCCGUUCAAGUAGUCUGCUACAAGAUGAGACUGAGCCYACGCUGCUCGCCGCUAGCCUGGGGGAGUCCAGUCUCGCUUUGUAUCGGGUGGACGACCAGAAGGCCAAAACAUCUCCCUCUAGCCAAGUGGACUUGAAGCCCGUCUUACGAGCAGAUGGUCAUCCUACCUCGCAACGUAUUUGGUCCACGAAGUUUUUCUCACCCUCGACACUUGCAGUCGGGGUAGGACCAUCGGCUCAACCGAUUCAGAUAUUCUCCAUUACACCGUCGGGCAUCAUGAGGGAUCCACUGCGAAAGUUUGCGCUUGAAAAUGACACUCGCGAGCUUGACAGUGUGGAAACAUUCAAGCCACCAACAUCCUCUGUCUACACAAUUGAGCCUCUGUCUCCUUCAAUCUCUGGUAGCGUGUUCCUUUCUGGGGCUUACGAUGGCAUUGUUCGCUUACAUGACCUGCGCUCAAGUCGCGAGAGUCAGGCUCGCUUUGUCGACCCAAGCGAUGACAGUCCUAUCUAUAGUAUUCUUCCGCGAGGUCAUGAAAAGAUGGUCGUUGGAACGGGAAGGCACAAUCUGCUCAAGAUCUUUGACCUCCGCAUGGGCGCAAAGUGCUACGAUGUUCCCAAUCUUUCCUACAAAGAUUCCAAACCCUCCCCAGACAACGACUUCAACCUCUAUUUGCGAACAAAGGGAGGAGGCCAGGGCACAAAUUGGGGUCGUGGUCGCAGUCGUGCUGCCGAAUCCUYUGUGUACUCGCUUGCUUCGCCAUCGUCUUGUUCCCCGUAUAUUUAUGCUGGGCUGGAGAACGCGAUCAUGUCGCUCAGUUUGACCGAAACCUUGGACCACCAUGCCGACCCAGCGUAUUUCCUUCCACGCAAGCCAGCUACAGGUAAGAACGGUGCCAGUGUAUCGAGCAUUUUCGACGAAAAGGAUAUUCUUGACCUGGCUAUGCAUGAACAAGGGUCUAUGGUCCUGUUCCAACAGAGGAGCUUGCACACAACCUUGAAGGCUCAGAGUGCUGGGCGCAUGCCGACCCAAACGCUUGACGUGCGAUGGAAGAGCUCAGCUGAGGUCGAUUCGGAUGUUUAG